CAGCUUCCUGGAAAAAAGGAUUUAUUCAUUGAGGCAGAUCUCAUGAGCCCUUUGGAUCGAAUUGCCAGUGUCUCCAUUCUGAAGGCACUCUUAUGUCCAUUGUCUUAUUGGAUUCUCUCUGUAGCAACACGAAGUAGACAAGCUAUACAAGGUGGAGAACAAGCCAGCCCUCAGCUCCAAUGAACAAUUGUGCUUCUUGGUCAGACCCCGUAUCAAGAAUAUGCGAUACAUUGCCAGUCUUGUCAAUGCUGACAAAGUGGCUGGCCGAACUCGCAAAUACAAAGUGAUCUUCAGCCCCCAGAAGUUUUAUGCAUGUGAGAUGGUGCUUGAGGAAGAGGGCAUCUAUGGAGAUGUGAGCUGCGACGAAUGGGCCUUCUCUCUACUGCCUCUUGAUGUGGAUCUGCUGAGCAUGGAACUACCAGAAUUUUUCAGGGAUUACUUUCUGGAAGGAGAUCAGCGUUGGAUCAACACUGUGGCUCAGGCCUUGCACCUUCUCAGCGCUCUCUAUGGACCCUUUCCAAACUGCUAUGGAAUUGGCAGAUGUGCCAAGAUGGCGUAUGAAUUGUGGAGGAAACUGGAGGAGGAGGAGGAUGGUGAAACCAAGGGCCGAAGGCCAGAGAUUGGACAUAUCUUUCUCUUGGACAGAGAUGUGGACUUUGUGACGGCACUUUGCUCCCAAGUGGUUUACGAGGGCCUAGUGGAUGACACCUUCCGCAUCAAGUGUGGGAGUGUCGACUUUGGCCCAGAAGUCACAUCCUCCGACAAGAGCCUGAAGGUGCUCCUCAAUGCCGAGGACAAGGUGUUCCAUGAGAUUCGAAACGAGCACUUCUCCAAUGUCUUUGGCUUCUUGAGCCAGAAGGCCCGGAACUUGCAGGCCCAGUAUGAUCGCCGGAGAGGCAUGGACAUCAAGCAGAUGAAGAACUUCGUGUCCCAGGAGCUCAAGGGCCUGAAACAAGAGCACCGCCUGCUGAGUCUCCAUAUUGGGGCCUGUGAAUCCAUCAUGAAGAAGAAAACCAAGCAGGAUUUCCAGGAGCUCAUCAAGACUGAGCACGCACUGCUAGAGGGAUUCAACAUCCGGGAGAGCACCAGCUACAUUGAGGAGCACAUAGAUCGGCAGGUGUCGCCUAUAGAAAGCCUGCGCCUCAUGUGCCUUUUGUCUAUCACUGAGAAUGGUUUGAUCCCCAAGGAUUACCGGUCUCUGAAAACACAGUAUCUGCAGAGCUAUGGCCCUGAGCACAUGCUAACCUUCUCCAAUCUGCGACGAGCUGGGCUCUUAACAGAGCAGGGCCCCGGGGACACCCUUACAGCCGUGGAGAGUAAAGUGAGCAAGCUGGUGACCGACAAGGCUGCAGGAAAAAUUACUGAUGCCUUCAGUUCUCUGGCCAAGAGGAGCAAUUUUCGUGCCAUCAGCAAAAAGCUGAAUUUGAUCCCACGCGUGGACGGCGAGUAUGAUCUGAAAGUGCCCCGAGACAUGGCUUACGUCUUCAGUGGUGCUUACGUGCCCCUGAGCUGCCGAAUCAUUGAGCAGGUGCUAGAGCGGCGAAGCUGGCAGGGCCUUGAUGAGGUGGUAAGGCUGCUCAACUGUGGUGACUUUGCAUUCACAGACAUGACCAAGGAAGACAAGGCUUCCAGUGAGUCCCUGCGCCUCAUCUUGGUGGUGUUCUUGGGCGGUUGCACAUUCUCUGAGAUCUCAGCCCUCCGGUUCCUGGGCAGAGAGAAAGGCUACAGGUUCAUUUUCCUGACGACAGCAGUCACAAACAGUGCUCGCCUGAUGGAGGCCAUGAGUGAGGUGAAAGCCUGAUGUUUUUCCCGGCCAGUGUGGACAUCUUCCCUGGACACAUUCCUCAGUGGGAUGGAGGCUAUAACCAAGUGUCCACCAACUACCCCGCGGGGGGAGCAUGGAACACGUUGGGAUUUAGAGAACAUAUCUAAGAAGAGAGUUCACUUCCUACUCCCAGGACAGUUCUCUUUUCUGUUCAUGAAGUACAACCCAUGCUGCUAAGAUAACAAGCAGGAAGAGAUAGCCUUUGCUAAAUCCUGUUUGAAUAUCCUUGUAAAUAAAGCCACUGCUCUCAGAUGUAGUGUGUUCGGCGUUCUAGACACGCACCUCCAUCUUUAUUAGUGAAAGCCCCGUGGGUCCCUCUGUAGGGGCACCAUAUGCUUCUUGGCCUGGACUCCGUAGUGGCUGCAGACUGGUCUGGUUCUUCCCUGUAAAAAUCACUCAAAUGCUCUAUUCCUGAGUUUCCUCAACCAUAAAAUGAGGAAGAUGGGUGAGGUGACCAGCAAGCACCUUUCCAGCUCUAAAAUGUUGUGAUUCAUUACAUUUUUGAGAAAAUGA